AAGUAAAAAAAAUUAUAAUGUUAAAAUUUUUAUUUCUCUUUGUUGCUGUAGAAAACGCUGUUUGCUGGAAAAAUAAUCCCGGUGUCCAUUCCAAGACGCUAUGGAAAACUAUAAGCCCCUCUGCUAGCGAAAAGGAUCCCGUAUUAAAAGAAAGCUUCAUAUAUCCUGGUACCAAGUGGUGUGGUUCUGGAAAUAACGCGAAGAGCCACGAUGACCUAGGUAAAGAAGUAGAAGCAGACAAGUGUUGCCGUGCCCACGAUCUCUGCCCAGACUACAUAGCAGCUGGAGAUUCUAAACAUAACCUAACAAAUGGAGCUUCCUAUACUCGUUUAGAUUGCCACUGUGAUAUGGAAUUCCGUGAUUGCUUACACAAAGCUAACACAACUACGUCAAGAGGCGUCGGCGGAGUAUAUUUUGAUUACUUAGGAACUCAAUGCUAUAAAAAAGAUCAUCCCAUCGUGGCCUGUAAGAAAAUACAAACCGGAAUUUUGAGCAACAAGUGUCUGGAAUACGAGCUAGACGACACCAAGGAACCUGUCUAUCAGUGGUUCGAUGUUCCUAACUAUAAUUGAAUAAUUUGAUUUAAAUUAUAUCUGAA